UUACAACAAACAAUAUGAAACAUUUCUUUCUAUUUUAUUAAUUAAUUCAGCUUCAAAUUAAAUGUCUAUGGAAACAAACACAGUUUUACAUUAUCCUUUCCCAAAAUUUGUGCUUAUUGUUACACAAAAAAAAUUUUUUCAUUGCAUUAAAUAAUUUUCACAUUAAUUUUAAAAUUGUCCGUCAUGUAUAGCAUACUUUAAAUUUCUUAAUAUCUCCCAACAACCCCUAUGAGACCAGUUCGAUGGACCAAGGCUACAUAUCGACAUCAGCCUUGGUAUCAUCCCUCCUUUUUCAACCUAUUUAUGCCUAUGAUUAUCGGGGCUAUAUGCGUAGAAGCUUUAUGCAUAUUUAAUAUCGGACAGAUACUGAUUCAUGGAUAAGGACAACUAACUCUCUGAAUCGCUCUUUUCCUCGCCCAUGCGAAACGAAACAUGUUAAUCGUUUUUCUUCAUAUUUUCCCAAGCGGCCAUUAUUCCAAUAGAAUUAAGGCUUAUUGUUAGUAACCUUAAGUCGACAGUUUAGCAGAACUAUCGGCUCUUCAAGUGGGGAUUGCAAGCAAGCAAGAAUGCGCCUGUCGAUGUGUACACGAGGUGCCUGACAGUACAGCACGAACGUUGAAAGACGAUACGACCUUUUAUUUACGUAAAUAUUUUCGGAGACACUGCUUCUCUCUCUUGAGUGUGAAAUUCCUAGCGAGUUUUCCAAUCAUCAUUAUAGAGUGAUCUGCCCGCCAAAGGUGAAUCUGAUCUUCAAGCACAUGCAUUGACGAAACAGGCCGAAUACACGUGCAGAUUUUUACGAGGGGAUAUUCCCUCGUAGAAAUGCUUGAAGUGAUCGAUAUCGCAUACGAACAUUUUGAAAGGAAGCCACGAUGGCUUCGAUGGAGCCGAUAGAGUCGAGCGAAACAGGCGAAACAGACGAAACAGUCGAAGCUGCGCCCGAAAUGUUAUCUGAAACGGUCGACGAUACGGACCGCAUAGACUAUCGAUUCGAAAUCAGGAGAUAUCAUAGCUUCAUGAGAUGGGCCGUAGACAGCAAAUUUCUUCAGCAAUUGGCAAGCGCCGGUUUCUAUUAUACCGGGAAGGAUGAUAAAGUGAAAUGCUUCGACUGCAACAUCGUCAUAUCCGGGUGCAUGGAAUAUAAAGAUCCAAGGAUGGAGCACAGACUAAAUUCUCCAAAAUGUAGAUUCGUCCGCAUGUUACCUAGCUCGGGGAAUGUACCGAUCGGCGUCGAUCCGAACAAGGUUUCACGACGCGUGCCGAAAAUGAAAGAAAUAUGCGAAGUAGACGAGUCUUAUCUAAUUCUCGAUAGUGAGAUCGAGGUCUACUUCGAGGACGCAGAUGUCGUUAAACGAGUUGUAAUCGGCGAUUUGGUAGGCGCAAAGCAUCCCAAAUUUGCCUACUACGAGAGUAGAUUAGCCACUUACGUGCCAUGGCCGGUAACGGUCACCCAGAAAAAAGAAGAUCUAGCGGCCACCGGUCUCAUAUGUGCAAACGACGGCGACAGAGUCUACUGCUUCUAUUGCGAUGGAGGUUUGGCGUGCUGGCAGCCGCAAGAAGAUCCUAUACAAGAGCACAUCAAAUGGUAUCCCAAUUGCAAGUAUAUCAACAGGCUUCAAGCGAAGAGGCAAUCGUACAGAAGCAGUUUCAACAUACGAUAAGCGAUAAAUAAGCACCACUCUACCGUCUCCAUCUGUUCGUUUUUAAAUUUAUAUUAUUUCCGUUUUAUCGUUCACAGUAUUUGUUCUUCCUUACAUAUACAUAUUCGUAUACUUGUUAUAAUAACGCAGUAUUACGUUUAAAAUCGUAUUAUUUGUUUAAAAAGUAAUUCAUUUAUUUUUUAUAUGUAUAAAAAACAAAAUAAAAAUAAAUUAUACCGAAAUAGAGAUAGAUUUCCGAUGAAAAUAAAAUUUUCCACCAAAGCUAAAGAUUUUUAUUUAGGACAUUAUCACGAUUAUACAAUGCCUUAACUAAUUUGCCCAAAAUAUUAUGCGCGUAAGCUAUGUUAAAAUUUCUAAAGAAAGUUAUCAAAAGAGUGUAGUACAGUUUUUUGUACGAUAGAUGUAUACAUGUAAGAAGAAUAUGUUAUGUAUAUAAGAAUCGCACGUGCAUUAAAAAACAGGACUUUUUUAUCACAAUAGCGUAGCAUAUAAUGUCUGAAUUGCCUAUUGAUCGACGAUGGAUAAUAAGAUAAAAUGACUUUUUCGCUUCGAUAGCUCCUCGCAAAAAGGCUUUAGAUCAUGUAGCGGGAACUGUGCAUUUUUGGCAGGAAAAGAAAUAAAAUAAAUACUACUGAUUAUCGAUUUGAAUCUGCCCAGUUAAAAAGCUUUAAAAACUGGCCGUCCACAUGGAUAAAACCGAAAAAGUUUACGGUGGCUGGAUUUUAUUUGAAAUUGUUUGUCGUGUAUGAUAUACCCUAAAUUUUUUAGUACCUCCCAACAACCCCCAGGAACAGUUCAAUGGACCAAUGCUAUGUUCACAUCUGCUUUAGUACCAUCCCUCUUUUUCAACCUACCACUGCCUACCAUUAUCGGUGCUGUGUGCGUGGAAGUUUUAUAUAUAUUUAAGGCAGAACAAAUACCGAUUCACGUAUAAGAACAGCCCCGUCGAUCGUUUUCAUUUCCGCACAUGCGCACACCUGUAUCGCUAACAUCUCUCUUCCUCAUCCAUGCAAAAUAACACAUGUUGAUCGUUUUUCUUUAUAUCUUCUCAAACCGCCAUCAUUUCGAUAGAAUUAGGGCUUAUUGUUAGCAUCCUCGACAGUUCAGUUGAGCCACCGGCUCUUGAUCAAGUGGGAAUUGCAAACAAGAACACGCCGGUUGAUGUACCUGACAUGCGGGUACGACAGUACAGCAUGAACGUUGAAGAACGGUUCGCCCUCUAUAUUAUUUCCGGGGACACUGAUGUGAGAGUAUAAAAUUGCUAGCGAGCGGCUUCCGUCCCAUUCGCCAACGAUCAUCAUCAUAAAGCGACUUAUCUGCUGAAGGUGUAUCAGAUCUCCAAGGACACCCGCAGACGAAACAGACGGAAUACACGCACAGAUUUUUACAAGAUAUUUCCUCCUAGAGAUGCUCGAAGUGAUCCGUAUCACACACGAGCAUUUUGGACAAUUUUGAAAACAAGCUACUUUCGAUGCAGCCAAUGGAGGUUUUCGAAUCGGUCGACGAGACGGACCGCACAGACUAUCGAUUCGAGAUCGCGAGAUUACAGAGCUUCGAUAGCUGGGCCGUGUCGACCGUAAACAGCAAAUAUCCUGAGAAACUUGCAAGC